AUGUCUACCGGUUCAGGCGCGUCACCGGCGUCCAAGAAGCCGGCCUUCUCAAUACAGUCUCGUGGCCGUCCCUCCGAUCAUUUGACAGGCAAAAGCCGUUCCUUGGCUCGUCGUCCACAUCAGCUUGAACAUAACGAUGACUCCUCCGAGGACGAGCAGGCUCCUGUUCAUGAAGAGAUAUCCGGUUUUGAUACUUUAACCGGUGCCCAAAUCACUGCCGAUGGCAAAGUAGUGAGCGACUCCAACCAGCCACUGGUCAUUCCGGUCACUAGCAAAAACAACUGGCGCGAUCGCCCUGGUACAAAUGCGCGAAAAGGCAAGAAAAAUCUUCUCCCACAAGAGGUACAGGCUUUACAAGAAGCCCAAAAAAACGGACAAUUGCAAGCGGGAGGAGCGGUGGAGGUUGAGGGACCAAGCAUGGCCUUUGGGUUGAGCUUUGCGCAAACGUCCCAGGAGAAUGGAAGUGAUGCCGCCAGCGCACAAGGUGAACGAAUGGCGGAUGUGCAACAAACCUCGACCGAAGAACAAAAAACAAUGACAGAAGACCAAUUGGCUAUGCAAGCUUUGCUUCGUGAGACGACGGGUGAAGUUGAACGGCGGACAGAUCUCAUCAUCGAGUCCUCCAAGCUUCAAGGACACGAAGAUUCCGCCCCUCGCCACGACGAGGCCAGCUCUUUCCGAGCAGAUGUGGCAUCUCGGCCUGAGCCUGCGUCUUUGGAUCAAUACAAUGCCAUUCCCGUGGAGGAGUUUGGGGCAGCGCUGUUGCGAGGUAUGGGGUGGAAAGAUGGCCAAUCCAUUGGGCGAGGAAAAUACAGCUCUUCAACUGCCGCGCAAAAGGCCAAGAAUCCUAGUGUUCCUGUGCGACGUCCAGGGUUCUUGGGUAUCGGCGCUAAGGACUCUGGGAAAGGUGCAGAAGUGGAACUGGGCGCAUGGGGGAAAUCUGCAAUGCGCAAAGCUUCCAGAAAACAAGGCCAGGACAAUGCAGAUGGCGACGUGGAAGGUGUAUACAUGCCCGUGACUAUGCGCAACAAAACCACAGGAGAAUAUAUCACAGAGGAAGAGCUUGCCGAACUCAAGAAAGAAUCUUCCAAAGCCCCAAUCGACAAGGACGACUGGCGUGAACGAAGGGAUCGAAAUCUGGGAUCUAGCCGCCGGGACAAAGAUCGUGAUUCUCGAGAAUAUCGCGAACGCGACUACGAUGACGACCGCCCAGCUCGAAAGAACACUUCCUCCCGGCGUGAUCGAAGCUCGUCUGCUGGCCGACAUUCGUCUCGACGCUCGAGACAUUACGACGACGGCGACCGGUCAGGUGAGCGCUCACAUCGCGAUCGCCCACGGGAUCACGACCGAGACCGGGAUCGGGAUCGUGAUCGUGAUCGGGAAAGAGGCCAUCGUGAUAGGGAACGCCGUCGGGACCGCGAUGACAGGGAUUCACGCAGAGAUCGUGACGAUGAGCGGGAUAGGGAUCAUCGAAGCGAUCGUCAUGGCAGCUCGAGAUACUCCUCGCAUUCGUCUCGGAAGGAUGAAAGCUCUCAUCGCAGCCGACGAUAA